AUGGAUGAUGAAGAAAUCAUAGGAUCCGAUAAGGAGGAGGACUCAGGAGGUAAUCUAUGCCAAAGUCUAAAAAAGAAAAAAUUAAAGAAGUUGAAUGAUGUGGAUAAGAAGAAGAAACAAGAGGAUGAGGUUGUCGACAUGGAUGAUGAAGAAAUCAUAGGAUCCGAUAAGGAGGAGGACUCAGCAGGUAAUCUAUGGUUCUUUCUAGAAAUUAAUAAGAUUUCUAUAUUUUGUCCAUUGCCACAGUCACUAGGGGGGAGAGCUUUUUGGGGGAAGUUUGUAACAAAAACGGGUACGUGUAAAGGGAAAGGCAAAAUCUUAAGUUACCUAAGAAAAAUACCCAAAAAAAUCUCUUCCCUCGGAUUUUAUCAUAACCGUUGAAC